AUGCCGAUACGAAAAACGGGCGGCGCGACGACGAUCCUGCUGUUUCCAGGCUUGCUUCCCGUCUGGAGCCGUGCGGCAAGUCACGGUGCGGUGCCCGCAACUUGCAAGCAGGCGCUGGUAUAUUCGGGCCUUGGCGUCACUUUUCCGGCCAUCAUCGCCGACAUCACACUGGGCCUUGGCGGAGUCCCCUUAAUAAUCCAAGUUGGCACGCCUGGCAUUCAAUGUCUGGAUCUGAAGCUCAAGCUCAAGCCGCUGCUUGUUACGGAUACUAAUGUGGCUGUCAGCCGCUGCACAGUCAGCGAGUCCUUGAAAGCCACGCCUAAGAGCUCCGUACAGCGUAUUAGGUACACCAUCACUUCCCAGUUCUCGCUGCCUUCACGGCAGCUUCCAGCUUGGGCCAUCAAGAUGCUGCGUGCGGCUGCGAGCGGCGUAGCGCCUGUCGGCCGGCAGUUUUUGCCUCCAGGCUCAACGACGACGUUUCUCAGACGCGCAUCCGGCAGCAUUUCUUCGGAGGACGCAGGUCUCAAUCGGACGGCAUGGAUCUGCCUGCCGCUGCCAUUCCCACAUGCCGCCCGCCAUCCAAUGUUUCCCGUGGACCGAAUGGUUCAGUCUGUUUAUUAUCACGUUCCACCAGUGUUCGUCACGUCUCCUGUUGGCCAUAGUACGGCGUACAUAUUAUACGACGGGUAUUUUUCGAUCAGUAUUGCUUGCCUCUCCAUCCGCCGUGAAGUAGAAAGACAGCGCGAGACGGUCAGGGCUGACAAAGCCAUGCGACGAUUAUCCCACCAUGAUCUGGAUGACUCGCCGUCAUGA